UAUGCUGUCAACUUGAGAAACACUCCCGUUUUUCGUCCAAAGUGUAUUAGUAAUCCAUAGGAACAUUUAUGUGGGAAAUCUGACAGGUUUUAGCGUCGUCCGUUGGCCCGGUUGAUGUCGGAUGCGGAUGGGUAAAAGUGGUCGCAGAGCUCUGCUGUUCGAGUUGCUCCUGUAGCUCGAGCUCCCUCUGUGAUCCUCUCCCCGCCCCGACACAGUGAUUGACGCGAAUUUAACUCCCGCCUUCGCUGCCAUUACGCUCUUCGAUUGGACAAUCUAGCCAAGCGGAACGCCUUACUAUUUUAUGAUUGGCUACUCCGGGAGAAAAAUAUCUAUGGGAAGAUGAACUAAGUAAAUCUACUGGGUGGUUAUCGCAAUACUAAGGAGAAAAUACCAAAAAACUACAAGCCCCAGAUGUGCAUGUAUAUGUGCGUUUGAUAUGAGUCACAGUCUGGUCCGACGCAGCCGUGCUGUGUUCGUGCGAGUUCAUAUUAUUUCCACCGGGAGAGGGAGGGAUGUACAUUUCAGCUUGUGAUAGAAAACGGCACCCAUGUUACGUUCCCACCUGGUUCUGCGCAUGCUCUGUGGCAGUCCGAGCCGUAUAUAUGUAGCUCAUCAGAAUUAGCUUGUCUCGAGCAGUUUCGGUACAAAGCGCGGAAGUCACUACUGUGUAGCUUAGAUUAGCAUGUAGCCGACUGGACAGUUUCAUAAGGCACUGAAAGACAAAGAAUACGGGGACCUGACAACUGUAUCGUGUGCCUUAGUCGAUCAGCCUUUCACCGAAAGUGAUUUUAUGCUGAAAUAGAAAUUAAUGAUCGAAUGUGGAGGGGCGGAGGCUUUAUGUUAGCCGAUGCUAGCGACCUAGCGGUGUGUGCCAUCACCGGACCGCAGUGAGGAGGCAGCCGACAGAGGGUCGGAUUAACGUGGAAUAAUGGACGGCGAGUCGGAAGCAGCAUCUGAACGGAUUCUACUGGAACCAUACAAGUACCUACUGCAGCUCCCAGGAAAGCAGGUGAGGACGAAGCUGGCCCAGGCUUUCAACCACUGGCUGAACGUUCCAGAGGACAAACUACAGGUGAUCAUCGAGGUGACAGAGAUGCUACACAACGCCAGCCUCCUCAUCGAUGACAUCGAGGACAGCUCCAAACUGCGCCGCGGUUUCCCCGUUGCCCACAGCAUCUAUGGCGUCCCAUCUGUCAUCAACUCGGCCAACUAUGUCUACUUCCUGGGUCUGGAGAAGGUCCUGACCCUGGAGCACCCCGAGGCGGUGCGCGUCUUCACCCGGCAGCUGCUGGAGCUGCACCGCGGCCAGGGCCUGGACAUCCACUGGAGGGACACCUACACCUGCCCCACCGAGCAGGAGUACCGCCACAUGGUCCUGCAGAAGACAGGUGGGCUGUUCGGCCUGGCCGUGGGCCUCAUGCAGCUGUUCUCCGACUGGAAACGGGACCUCAAACCCCUCCUGGACGCGCUGGGGCUCUUCUUCCAGAUCCGAGACGACUACGCCAACCUCAGCUCCCAAGAGUACAGCGAGAACAAGAGUUUCUGCGAGGACCUGACGGAGGGGAAGUUCUCCUUCCCCACCAUCCACGCCAUCUGGUCGCGUCCGGAGAGCACCCAGGUCCAGAACAUCCUGAGGCAGCGCACGGAGAAUGUGGACGUCAAGCGUUACUGCGUGGACUACCUGGAGAAGGUAGGCUCAUUCGCCUACACCCGCCGUACCCUCCGGGACCUGGAGGCCGAGGCCUACCGCCUCAUCAGGGAGCUGGGAGGGAACCCUCAGCUGGAGAGCCUGGUCAAACUGCUGAGUCAGAUGCACCGCGAGGCCGAGGCCCAGGCCCAGGCCCAGGCCGCCGACCACAACCAAAACCAGAACCACUGACCCGGUACACAACUCAAACCCUGCACCACUCCCACUUCUGUCCAAACACAACCGACACAUUCCUCAACACACAGCUCUGGAAACAAAUAACGUGGACGAAAUAAUCGAAGGAUCCGAUGAAAAGCCCGUUUGCACGACCAUGAAAAUCUGAUAACGGUUAAUAAUCAGAUUAUAAUAAUCAGAUCAUUGUAAUAACCAGAUCAUUAUAAUAAUCAGAUCUGAUGUGUUUACAUGCACUUCAGGAAUAUGAUAAUUGAUGGAUUUCUUUGCAUAUGUACGUAGUGAUGGUAAUGAAAAUUGAACGAAAACAAUGAAAAACAAGACAAGAAAACAAACACAAAAGAAUAGGAAAAAACAAGCUAAAAAUACAAACAAAAAUGAGCCAAAAACUAAAUGAAAAUCAGAUAAAAAAAGACCAAAACUGUUACAAAAACAGCUGAAAAUAACACUAAAAACAGAUGAAAAUUAGACUCUAACCUCCCAUUAUUGUCUCCUGCUCCUGUUCGUCUACAUAACUUCUGUUUUCUACUAUUUUUAAUAGAUUUUCCACAUGUUCAGAUGGAACAGAACUAAAUAAGUCAUUCACCUGUUUGCAUGGGAGGACUGGGACAAAUCCAGGUGUGUUGAUCUGAUUUAUUGUAAUCAGAUUACUGCUGUUACCUAAUCAAACAGAUCAGACUUUUUAUAUCAGAUAAUGAUCAGAGUAUUGGUGUGGAGGUAAACAGGCUCAAACCUUGAAUAAACAGUUAUUGGUUUUCAAUCCCACUGAUAUAUGAGCAACAAAAGACAAAUAAAGAGAAAUAAAUCCAAAGUACUGUUUGUGUGGUUUUAGAUCCAGGACUGAGUGUGAGCCUGAGUUUGACUUCAUUUUAUACAUAAUUUAUUCUAUAAAUGUCCAUAAAUGUGUGUAUGAACUGUAUCUAAGAACACCUCAUCCUUCUGUAUCUGAAAAACCUUCACAUCCAGCACUUUGGUGUUUGUUUCUUCAUACAUUUGGACACAUUUUCGCUCUGGUAGAAAUAACUGUAGAGAAAACGAAGACAAAAGCGACGAAAAAAGAGUUAUUUGUUGUUGUCACGCUUAAUUUUUUUCAAAGGUCAAAGAAGGUAAGUCAGUGUUUGUCAUUAAUGUGGCGUUUAAGGACAUCUGGUUUUUCUGAUGUCGAACUAUGAGAAAAAAAGACAGAUGAAAUAUUUGACGUACAAUGAAAUAACAGUGAAACCUAAACCCAGAGGAGAUGUUAGACGACGACGUCCUGGUUGAAUAUUUGUUUCCAAAACUGUGGAAUCGUCUCAGACUCGUUAAAGCUGAGAACGUGAAUGAAACAAACGGCUGACCCUGGAUCAGCCUGAACGUGGCCUUUUGAGCGUUUGACGUCAUCAUUAAACCGGCGCCGAGAAACCGGUUUCGCCUCAGACCCGCUUUAAACCACAUCCACAUCGGUUUGGGAUUUGUCCAAAUCAUCAUCCAGAUUAAAGCACAGAUGCGCUGUCGCCAUGACGAUGAUUUUCAGUGAAGUCUUCGUGCGUCCACGUCUGCGAACGCACGUCACAUUAAUAAUAAAGCGAGUGUCAACUGACUGUGAUGAAUAAAGUUACUGAAGGUCACAGAAAACAAGUCGACGUAUGGAAACCUAGUUUUCACUCCUCACCCAGUCACAUGUCACCGUUACCAUGGCAACAGGCCUCUUCCUGCCCGUCUCAACAUCUGUUAAAAUCAAUCAGACAUGAGACGGUUCAGAUCUGGGCGAAAAUGACACGAUAAACAGAUUCAGAUCAGUUCAUCUGUUCCUUAUCACUAUUUCUUUGCAAUAUAAAGGAAGAUUUUUCAUCAUUUUAGGCUGAAAAUGAUGUAAAAGAUGCAAUAAAAUGUAAAUGAACUGAAAGAACAGAACAACAAACACCAGAAUCUGAGAAGAGGAUCUGGUUCUGAAAGAAAUACAAUGAAAAAAUUAAUUAAAAUUAAUAAAUAAAAUUAAAAAACAUCAAAUAUGGACUGAACAUAAACUUGUUUGUCAUUUUUCUGCCCAGAAAUGAAACGGUGACGCCUUAUUUCCGUUGGACUCCAGGACCCAUCCAGAACCAGACCAGGACCUGGUUCUGGUUCUGGACCUGUUGGAUGCUCAGAUCUGUGAGCUUAAAGCUUUUCUGUUGUUUUGUGAUGAAUCUGAUUCAAUCUGAGCUUGUUUAAUGAAGCUGGAAAAACCAGGCUUUGUUUCUUGUUGGUGAAAAGAUGAAGAAACGACUCUAAACCCGGACGACGCAGACCGGAUCAGUGUCGACCCGGUGUCGGAACCGUCCUCAGACACUGACUCUGCAUAAACCCACUCUGUGUCUGACUGUGAAAGACUGAAUGAGCAGAGCAUUCUGGGAGUUUUCGACUUCAGAACCAGGUCUGAGUCUGGAGCUGGACUUUGGGAACGGAUCCGAGUCUGGAGCUGGACUUCGGGACUGGGUCUGAGUCUAGAUCUGGACCUCAGGACCAGGUCUGAGUCUGGAUCUGGACCACCACAGUGCUAAUCCUGUAGAACCGUCUGCAGUUCUACUGUCGACCUGACACCGGGCUGUGAAAACCACGACCUGGGUCCACUCCAGGCCUCCUGGUCCGUCUGGGUCCAGUAGGUUCGUACGUUCACAGAAUAUUUACAUGGAUUCAAUAAAAAUCUUUAAAUAUU